AUGGACAACUACAAUUCCCAAUGGGUCUCCCUCCACAUUCGGGACCAUCUCAAGGAUGGCGAGAUUACAGUGCAAAACACUGUCAUUGAAGGCGGCGAGUUCCACAACCCCGAAGACCGCCGCAAGUCGCUCACCGAAGAGGACAUCGACGAGAUGAAAAUCUCCUCGGAUGGUAUUGGCGAGAUCAGUGCUCGCGGCCGUCGAGGCAGUGAGGGCCGCCUGGACUUAUUUCAUGGGGAUACUAAGAUUUGUGAGCUUCAUUGGGAGAAUCGUGGAGGAGAAUAUGAGAAUCUGGUCGAGGUGUUGGAUGAAAGCGACAAAUAUAGAAUCGAGCAUGGGGGAUGGAGUCCACAGGCAGGUCCUUUGGGACAUGUCUUUGUGGACAUCUCGGCGGCGAAGAAGAAGUAA